AUGGCCGGAUUGAUCAGAGAGGCGUACAGCCAGUUCAAAGACCUGCCCGUCCCAGACACGCUACAAACGGGCCGUACGAUCAUCAUCACCGGCGCCAACGUCGGCCUCGGCCUCGAAGCCGCCCGCCAUUUCGCCCGCCUCCAACCCGACCGCGUCAUCAUCGCCUGUCGCGACAAGACCAAGGGCGAUACCGCCGUCCAUUCAAUCCGCGCCUCAUUUCCCGAUAGCCCGACGAAACUUGACGUCUGGGUGGUUGAUAUAAGUGACUUUGCGAGCGUCAAGGCCUUCGCGGCGCGGGCUGAGACGGAGCUGGAUCGCGUCGAUGUCUUCCUGAGCAAUGCAGGUGUCGUAGCGUCGACGUAUAGCGAAAGUAUUGACGGGUGGGAGUCAACACUUGCGGUAAAUGUUAUCGGUACAUUUUUACUCGUCUUCUUGAUGAUGCCGAAAAUGCGAGAAACAGCCAAAAAGCAUGGGACGACACCGCAUAUCACGGUGACUGCCAGCGGGGCAGGACAUUUGGCCUACUUCAAUGAGCGUAAACAGGAUAAAAUCUUCGAAGCCCUCAAUGCAAAUCGCAGCCUCCUCGAUCGAUAUAACGUCUCUAAGCUCCUACAGGUUACAAUCGUCAAGCAGCUCGCCGCAGCGACACGGGUUCCAAGCUACCCCCCAAGCGAGAGGAUCAUAAUCAAUACUAUACAUCCGGGACUCUGCCAGACGGAGCUAUUCCGGUCUAUGCCCUUCCCGCUCAAUUACCCGAUGAAGUUGGGUAUGCGUGUUUUUGGACGUACCUCGGAAAUGGGUUCAAGGUGUCUUUUGGCCGGAGCGCUCGCUGGCGAGGAGUCGCAUGGCCGGUACAUGGAAAAUUGCAUCGUUGCCGAAUACGCGCCCAUUUUAAAUGGCGAAGAAGGCGAGUUAAUGCAGGUCAGGGUCUGGGAGGAGGUUGUUGCCAUAUUGGAAGGUAUCCAGCCUGGGAUCACCAAGUUAAUCUGA